AUGACAGCAAUACGCCUUCUACUUGCCUUUUACUCGGUGGUGGGCUCUGUCGCCGCCUGUCCCUUGUCUCUAUUUUCAACGACGCCGUCUUAUCCCAUUUCGAGACCACACGACCGUCCCCUGCAGCUGACUGGCCCGCACCGCUGUGUCGACAAUGUCUGUGUGUACGCCGAUUCGCUGUACGGCGGCGGCAGCGGCAUCGCUGUUGUCACGACGGCCGAGAAUGCGGCGCUGCUCGACGGUCUUCCACCUCAUCGUGGCGCCGCUGCCACGACGCACGUCACCGAUCCGCCUCCGUUUUACGAGGCCUACGUGGCCGGCAAAGGCCUGGGCCUCGUGGCCAACAGCACCAUCCGCCGGGGUGACCAGCUGAUGGUGCACGGUCCGACGCUCUUGGUCCACUGGGAGACGCAUGCCAAAGCGGCGGGUGCGCAGCUGGACGGCUUGUACGAGGCCGCCACGCAGAGGCUGCCGGCGGCCGCCCGGCGGCGGUUCCAGCGGCAGAUGCACUUGGGCGGCAGCGGGGUGUACGCAAACAUCGAGACCAACUGUUUCCGGCUGUUUCUGGACGGCGGGCGUGACGAGGCGACGGGGCAUUUGGGGUGUUUUCCGGCGGCGGCCCGCCUCAACCACGAUUGCCGGCCAAACCUCCACUACCACGUCCACGGCAUCACGCAGACCGUCGUGGCCGUCCGCGACAUUCAGCCCGGCGACGAGUUGACGGUGAGCUACGUCGAGGUGCUGCUGUCCCGCGCCGAGCGGCAGGCGCGGCUGCGCGACUGGGGGUUCGCGUGCGCGUGCUCGCUGUGCCACAACGACACGGCGGCCGCCGAGCGCGACAAGCAGACACAGGAGAUCCUGGCGCUCCGGGCGCGGCUCGACCGCGGGGACCCGUCGACGACGGCCAACAGCGGCAUCGAGCUGGCCAUCCUGUACGAGGACGCACGGCUCGACACGCUGGUGGGCCAGCAGGCCUACACGCGCGCGGCGCUCAACUGCGCGCUCUUUGCCGAGGAGGCGUGCGCCGUGGCGUUUGCGCACAAGGCGAUGGAGGCGCUGGUGGUGGAGGCCGGCGAGCAGGCCGGGGACCUGGCGUCGAUGUGGCGGCUGGCGACGAGUCCACGGACGCACUGGGCCUGGGGACUGAGAGCGCGCGCGUAG